UAGGCCGCCCCGAGAAGGCUGGGAAACUUGACAUUGUCCUAGGGCUCCCCCCAGCAAAGCAUAAAAAGGGAGGGGGGAAAAUAAUAGACGGGGAAGGGGAGGGAGAGAAACUUGCUUACGGUGGGAAACUUGAUGGAUUUCUGCCCUGCCGACAGCAGCGCGGAGUGAGCAGCCCCUGGCCGGCUGGAUGGAUGAUGGGAAUCUCACCAUGAGGCAGAUAGCUGAUCAGCUUCCCUGGAUUUCGCUGACGCCACAGGAAAGCUUUGCCUGAAGAUGGAAACACUGGAGUCAGAACUGACCUGCCCUAUCUGUCUGGAGCUGUUUGAAGACCCGCUGCUGCUGCCUUGCGCUCACAGCCUCUGCUUCAACUGCGCGCACCGCAUCCUGGUCUCCCACUGCGCCACCAACGAGCCGGUGGAGUCAAUCACCGCCUUCCAGUGCCCAACCUGCCGCUAUGUCAUCACGCUCAGCCAGCGCGGUCUAGACGGGCUCAAGCGCAACGUCACUCUGCAGAACAUCAUCGACAGGUUUCAGAAAGCCUCGGUCAGUGGGCCCAAUUCCCCCAGCGAGACCCGCCGGGAGCGGGCGUUCGAUAACAACAGCAUGUCGUCCUGCGAGAAGGUCCUCUGCCAGUUCUGCGACCAGGACCCUGCCCAGGAGGCGGUGAAGACCUGCGUUACCUGCGAGGUGUCCUACUGCGAGGAGUGCCUGAAAGCCACUCACCCCAAUAAGAAGCCGUUCACCGGCCACCGUCUCAUCGAGCCUAUCCCGGACUCUCACAUCAGAGGAUUAAUGUGCUUGGAGCACGAGGAUGAGAAAGUUAACAUGUACUGUGUGACUGAUGACCAGUUAAUCUGUGCCUUGUGUAAGCUGGUCGGGCGACACCGUGACCAUCAGGUGGCAGCUUUAAGUGACCGCUAUGACAAGCUAAAGCAAAAUUUGGAGAGUAACCUCACCAACCUUAUUAAGAGGAACACUGAACUGGAAACUCUUCUGGCAAAACUCAUUCAGACCUGUCAACAUGUAGAAGUAAAUGCAUCCCGCCAAGAAACCAAGCUGAUGGAAGAAUGUGACCAACUCAUUGAAAUAAUUCAGCAAAGACGGCAAAUAAUUGGAACCAAAAUCAAAGAAGGAAAGGUGGUGAGGUUGAGAAAACUGGCUCAGCAGAUUGCGAACUGCAAACAGUGCAUUGAGCGCUCGACGUCCCUCAUCUCUCAGGCUGAGCAGUCACUGAAGGAGAAUGAUCACGCUCGCUUCCUGCAAACAGCUAAAAAUAUCACUGAAAGGGUUUCCAUGGCAACUGCAUCCUCCCAGGUUCUAAUUCCUGAAAUUAAUCUCAACGAUACUUUUGAUACUUUCGCACUUGAUUUUACCAGGGAGAAGAAAUUGUUGGAAUGCCUUGAUUACCUUACAGCUCCCAACCCACCCACCAUUCGAGAAGAGCUCUGUACAGCCUCUUAUGAUACCAUUACUGUGCACUGGACAUCAGAUGAUGAGUUCAGUGUGGUCUCGUACGAGCUGCAGUACACCAUCUUCACUGGACAAGCCAACGUUGUUAGUUUAUGCAACUCAGCCGACAGCUGGAUGAUUGUUCCUAAUAUCAAACAAAACCACUACACGGUGCACGGGUUACAGAGUGGCACCAAGUACAUCUUCAUUGUCAAGGCCAUUAAUCAGGCUGGCAGCCGGAGCAGUGAGCCUGGCAAGCUCAAGACAAACAGUCAGCCAUUUAAACUGGACCCCAAAUCUGCUCAUAGAAAAUUGAAAGUGUCUCAUGAUAACUUGACAGUAGAACGGGAUGAAACAUCGUCCAAAAAGAGUCACACGCCAGAGCGAUUCACGAGCCAAGGGAGCUAUGGAGUAGCUGGCAAUGUGUUCAUCGACAGCGGGCGGCAUUACUGGGAAGUGGUUAUAAGCGGGAGUACAUGGUAUGCUAUUGGUAUUUCCUACAAGUCAGCACCAAAGCAUGAGUGGAUUGGAAAGAAUUCUGCCUCCUGGGUGCUUUGCCGCUGCAAUAACACGUGGGUGGUGCGACACAACAGCAAAGAAAUCCCCAUCGAGCCCGCGCCUCACCUCCGGCGGGUUGGGAUUUUGCUGGACUAUGACAACGGUUCCCUUGCCUUUUAUGAUGCUUUGAACUCCCUACACCUUUACACUUUUGACAUUACAUUUGGCCAGCCAGUGUGCCCCACGUUCACAGUGUGGAAUAAAUGUCUGACCAUUAUAACUGGCUUGCCUAUCCCUGACCACCUAGACUCCUCUGAGCAGCUCGCGUGAUGGCUAAGAGCCAAAAGGUAGGAUGGCACAUCUUCCCAGGGAGGCCAGGCAGUGCCACCAGGAGCUUACCCGGAGCUGGCGGAUCCAUGUGGCGUCCCAGACAGUGCUGCCGAAUUUGGGCAAAACUGACAAGGAGAGAAAAUUUCUUCCUGUGCGUUUUGUACUGAAGGACAAAAAGUGGCUUUAAUAAUAUCUUAGAACUUUUUUUUUUUUUUUUUGGUUGGUUUUGUUUAUUUGGUUUUGUAUUUCAUCUGUUACAG